GGCCCGUCGGGGGCCCGGAGCGGGGCUCGGAGCGGGCGAAGGGGCGGACUCGGAGCGGGCGGCGGAGUGACCCGGACAGCUCAGCCCUCUGACGCCAUCCCAGCUUGCCUCACUCUGUGGUCAUGAGAACUGCCUGCCUCUUCCUGCUAUUCCUGCCCGCAGGCCUGCUGGCUCAGGGCCAGUACGACCUGGACCCGCUGUCUCCAUUCCCCGACCACGUCCAGUACGCCCACUACGGCGACCAGAUCGACAACCCGGACUAUUAUGACUAUCAAGAGGUGACCGCUCGGCCCCCUGAAGAGCAGUUCCAGUUCCAGUCCCAGCAGCAAGGCCAACAGGAAGUCUUCCCGGUCCCCACCCCAGAACCAGGAAAUGCACAGACGGAGCCCACGGAGCCUGGGCCUCUUGACUGCCGCGAGGAGCAGUACCCGUGCACCCGCCUCUACUCCAUCCACAAGCCUUGCAAACAGUGUGUCAACGAGGUCUGCGUCUACAGCCUCCGCCGCACGUACAUCAUCAACAGGGAGAUUUGUGUCCGCACAGUCUGUGCCCAAGAGGAGCUCCUCCGAGCUGAUCUAUGUCGUGACAAGUUCUCCAAAUGUGGCGUGAUGGCCAGCAGUGGCCUCUGCCCAUCUGUGGCAUCCUCCUGCGCCAGGAGCUGUGGGGGCUGCUAGGGCAGCACCGGCCCCCCCGAGCCCAGGAACCUCCUUGGAUCAGUGGGCCCCAAGGCCCGGCCUGACCUGGUGCUUUCUCCCCCAUACCGAUAUCCCCUUUGUUCUGUAAAAAUGUAGUAGUGCAUUGUGGCCCUGGGGAUGCCUGUGGCUACCCCUGGGGUGGAAUGGGGGCUCCCCACUGCCCAGCCUCUGCCCCCUCUGGCUGGGGGCACCCAGGUUCUCUGUGGGACCUGGGCCCUUGGUGUGCCCUCUCAGUUCCCGUGAGGACAGUACCCCCCCGCCCCCCAGAGUCCCCUGAGGCAGCCUAGGCCCCUCACCCCGGCUGGUCUGCCUGGAUUUCCUACAGCCCCCAGGCACAGACCACCUUUGUUUUAUACAAAAUUAAAAAGGUUUUUACAAAA